UUUGUGGUGAAGGAAGUGUCAAACAACCACUUACUGAAACCAUUUCAUAAACAAUAAUUAAAAAUUACUCAUACUCAUAUUUCAUUUCCUGAAAAAUGACCUGCAAAUGAGAGGUGUUUAUCGAAUAAGGUGAAUUAACUAGUUCGUAGUAAUCAUAUAUCCUGUUUGCUGGUUCCUGAGCGCAAGCACUUUCACGCACCAUAAGGUAUUUUUCAAGGAAGACCUAUACUUAUGUGAGUAUUAAUUUGUUUCACAUCAAACUGCAAGAGCCUUUCUUGCAUUGUGUCCAAUUUUUUGCAUGCCGCUUUUGACAGUUUUCAAAAAGACAUGCGUUCAAUAAAUUUGUCAUUGACCAAACGGAACAUAUUGCGGCGUCGCCAAAAAACGGCACCUCAGUCGGCGCAUGGCGUCAAUAUUUAUUUAAAUCGCUUAAUUAUUAACGGGAGACAAAGUAGAGCGACUAAAGCCACUAAAUUUUUUCACGAGUCUCAUCCAGUUGUUCUAAAAUCGCCGAGUAUUGGGCGUUUUGAAAAAAAAAUAGGGAAUUCCGUCGUGCGCCGUUUCUUCAUAUAUUGAUUUUGGGUAGGACGUGUGCCCAGUGGCCACAAGAAAUUUGUAAACUGGUGAAUCAGUCAUUCUUGCCGAUUGUCGAUGUGAUAAAAAUCUUGGAUUAGAAAUUUUUCAAGGGGUGCUCUAAUGUAUUGUGAAUUUCAAAGCUUUUUGCACAAUUUGAAAACAGCUCUAUGACAAACUAGUAUUUCUUGAGUAUUGAUUUGUAUAAUUUAUAUAUUAGCCCAAGAAUAAAAUUGUUUUGUUGCAUACUGAAAGUGAAGCUUGACUAUACAUAUUUCCAGGUCUGGACUAUUACUACUAUAAGAGGUUUCCAGACGUAUUAUGGAAGUUUACUUUCUAAACUCUAAAUAGAAAUGACCAGUUUGACUUUGGCGUUAGAUAAUAUUGAUGUUGGUGAUAACACUGAACAAAUUAGCAAACUGUUUCCAAAGUGUAGACCAAGAAGUGAUAUUAAUUUGAAUCCUAUUGUUGCCUCGGGAAGGGAACAUGCAUGUAUUGAUAACACAACAAAUACUGUCAUGAAUCUAGACAGUGAAACUGAUAGAUGGCUAGCUGAUAGUUCCUGUAAUAUAAGUAGAGACAGUAUUACCCAGUUGCAUUCAGCAGACGAGGAUGAUAUUGUUGAGCAACAUAAACAUACUGGAAGCACAUACAAGUUGUGCGACUCUAGGAUCAUAGAAAUAGCAGGGGGAAGAGAAAUAUACUCGCAGAGUCGCAGCAAAGCGUUGAGGAAAUCUCGAAGUUUGCUGAGCACCAACGAAGAUGGAGAGAAGAAACCGCAAAAGUCUCCGAUGAGACAGGGGGUUUGGGAGUUGCGAACUCACGGUGACACCAAAAAGUUGCGCAACUCCAGGGAUUAUACGGAAACGACAUUUUCGUCGGAAGUGUGCUCUGUGGUGCAUGAGCAAAAUGAGGAGUCAGACGUAGGGAAGACUAGUCCUGUCAGUAUGACCUUUCCGGGAGAGGAGGUGGUGGUGUUCGACGACAUAGGCGAGACCUGGAACCUAGUGGAGCCAAAACCUGCUGAAUCCGACCGCACUGCCAAUGCUAAGUUCAACUCGAAUGAGUCGAAGGGUGAUAAGGUGACCAAGGUGAUAGGGAACCUCCCUAUCGCCGUGUAUGAGGGUUCCCCAAGACGUUAUGGACAGAGGCAUACGGAGAACAACUGCUCACAUCCUCAACUACCCAGCGCUCAAAGUUUGCUUUCAUCGCCUAGCGUUUAUCCACCAAGGCCCGGGUUUCCACAGAGGGUUGUCAAUAGUCCGGAUUCUGUCGACGCAAACUCCGAAAGCAACAUAGAAAAUAAUGUAAACUGUCCUCUAACUCCAAAUCCGACGACAACCUCGUCAACGUUCGACUAUCUGUACGAAUUCUCCGAAACUCGGAAGGUUCUAGAAGAGUUCUUCAAAUGUCCUCCACCAGAAGAAGAUAACCGAUUGGACGAGGAGUUCCAGGACCUUGAGUACGAACUCCGACGACAAACAAGUGAUUCUGGAAACUCGUACGUAGGACAGCGUCUGGCUAAGAAUCUCCCAGAGGAAAAUGAAUUCUGUACCAGAAUUGAUUCUCCCAAGAAGUGCUUUAAUAUACCUACAAUACAGGAUCAAGAAAUAGAACACGAAAAUAAUUUUUUAGAUCUGUCAAUAGGUACAGGUUCUAGUGGUGAUUUAGGUGAAACGGAAGUAGGUCUGCAAGUAGGACAUAGUAGAAAUUUUACGUUAUCCCCUGAAACAACAGACUGUGACUCUAAUUGUGGAGACUUAGAUAGUGAAGUAUCAUUAAUGUUAAUGGAAAAUACAAUGGGUCCAUCUGCCGGACUUUUAGGAUCAAAUACAGACCUGAUGGGUCCGGCAGAUUCUCUGCGACUAUAUUCUAGUAUGCCAAUACUAGAAGAUGGUCUAUCUUCGGGCCAUGCUAGUGACACGGACAACAACAAUCCAACAGUGAUGCUAAUGAAAAGGCAAAUCACUGAAAUUGAAAGGGAAAUCAAUCAGGGAAUAUGCAAGUCUAGCCAAUCGAAAAGCAGCGGUAGCUGUUUAUCACCAAAGACCGAAGUCUGUGGAACUUCCUCGCUAGAUUUAAACGGCUGUAUCAGUAGUUUUGAAGAACCUAUGACAAUAUCGCAAAUCGAAUUGCUCGAAAAAACACCGCCACCUCCCGCUCCAGCACCCCACCGUUUGAUUCCUGGCGAGAAACCGAACAACGUAGAAGCAGCGAUCAAAGAUAUUCGAUUAACGUUGCAAAGAACAAAAACCCUUCCUUUGCAAAGGCAUCCAGAAGAAGAUUGUGAUGAAAAUGCUACUAGUCCUAUUUGGGUACCAAGUCAUUUCAGGCAAAGGGGAAUAUCCACGACCAGUGCAGAAUCUGAAAGGAAAGCUACGAAUAGUGGGAAUGAAGAAGAAGAAAACGAUACCGAUUUAGAAACAGACCGCUUACUGGGACAACAAAGAACUGAUGACCAAGGAUUCUACGAUGAUAAGGGCUGGAGAAAACCCAAAACUCGGACCAUAUUGCCGCAGAUUAGCCUGACCACCUCAAAAACCGUUCAUAACAGUAUGGACGAAGACACCCUUCCCUUAGUUGCCCCUGAGACCCAAAAUUCUGAACCCCAAUCCCCUACUGCUGUCUCUGAGAAAAGUCAGUCGCCCCUGAGUCAGAAAGGAUCAGUGUCAUCAAAUAAGCAGAAAAAGGAAAAGGACAGUAAAAAGAAAGGCCGAAAUAAAGAAGAGGGAGUGUUAUUUCGUGCGAGAUAUUUGGGAUCUACUCAGCUUGUAUGUGAAGGACAACCUACCAAAACGACGAGAAUGAUGCAAGCUGAAGAAGCUGUUUCCAGAAUCAAGGCACCUGACGGUGAAACCCAACCCAGCACAGAGGUAGAUUUGUUCAUUUCAACCGAAAAAAUCAUGGUGCUUAACACAGAUCUGAAAGAAAUCAUGAUGGACCAUGCUUUACGAACGAUUUCCUACAUCGCUGAUAUCGGUGAUCUAGUAGUCUUGAUGGCAAGGCGAAGAUUCGUUCCCCACGAAAUGGAAGAUGCGCCUAAGAUCAACAGGACACCUAAAAUGAUUUGCCACGUAUUUGAAAGUGAGGAGGCUCAGUUCAUAGCCCAAAGUAUCGGCCAGGCAUUUCAAGUCGCCUACAUGGAAUUCCUCAAAGCUAACGGUAUAGAAGACCAUAGUUUUGUUAAGGAAAUGGAUUACCAAGAGGUUCUCAAUUCCCAAGAGAUAUUCGGGGACGAGUUACAAAUGUUUGCGAAAAAGGAGAUGCAAAAAGAGGUAGUAGUUCCAAAGGCCAAAGGCGAAAUCCUAGGCGUAGUGAUAGUAGAAUCAGGUUGGGGCUCUAUGUUACCGACAGUCGUGAUAGCCAAUUUGGCACCAAGUGGAGCAGCUGCUAGAUGUGGCCAACUGAACAUAGGCGACCAAAUAAUUGCUAUAAACGGUGUUAGUCUUGUAGGACUGCCAUUGUCCACUUGUCAGACGUACAUCAAGAACUCCAAGAAUCAAACUGUGGUCAAAUUGACCGUGGUACCGUGUGCUCCGGUAGUCGAGGUCAAAAUCAAGAGGCCCGACACCAAAUAUCAGCUUGGGUUCAGUGUACAAAAUGGAGUGAUUUGUAGUUUAUUAAGAGGAGGUAUUGCAGAGAGAGGUGGUGUUAGAGUGGGACACAGAAUCAUAGAAAUAAAUAACCAAAGUGUAGUUGCAGUUCCACAUGAAAAAAUUGUUAAUUUGCUAGCCACCUCUGUUGGUGAAAUUUUGAUGAAAACAAUGCCGACUUCCAUGUUUCGUUUGCUUACCGGACAGGAGAAUCCAGUAUACAUCUAAAUUAACAUAUACCGAGGUUCGGAAAGUGCCUACUUGUAGUUGAUAUUGAACUGUCCUUGGGAAUUGUUUUUAGUUUGAUCGUGCUUUCCGCAGAUCAAUAUAUUUUUUAUUGUUAGUAUAAGUUCUACAGACUGAAGACAAUACAAGCAAAGUACUGCGCUUAGCACAAAAAAAAACAUUUUUUGCGCUGAGCUUUCGUGAUAGAUCAUAUCUGUGCUUUGUCGUAUAAAUAACUAUUAGUUCGACUAUAUUUAGAGAAAAUAAUAAUAGCAGAUGAAUGUACCACAUUUUUUUUUGUUGAGAUACGAAUGUUUGUGUGUGAGGGUCUUAAUGUCAUACCGUCUUUCAAUGCCUCAACAUGGAAGCUAGCACUAUUUGCAAGCUUGGCUGUUAAACUAAAUUCAAGAGUGUACAGGGUGUUACAUAAUAUUAGCAGGCAAGUUGAAUGGCAGAUUCAACACGUUGAAAUAAGAAAAAAAGUUAAUGCAAUCAUAGGUUCUGAAAUACUUCGUUUCUGUACAUUUUUCCAUUUCAGCUUAGGAUGUCAAAAUUGUUUUCUAAUGCAUUCAAAGCAUGCGGUACUACUCUCUUGAAGCCAGAUUGAUUUUAUUUAAAAACUGCCAUCUGGAGAUUUUCGCCAUUUAUCAUUUAUCUGUAUGCCGUUAUUAAAAUAUAGUAAUCAGGCUAGUACUUUAUUAACGGACACAAAAAACUCCUGGAGACACUGUUCAAGCAGAAUCAAAAUGGUUUUGAGAAAACGAUGCUUAUUAUGGCAAAAACAAUUGGCGCACAAUUUUUCGCGAAACACAGUUUAAACGAGGAAUUACCAAGUUUCACAUUUUUGACAUGUUGAAUUUGCUCUUAAAAUUCCUCACAACAAUCUACAACACUCUGUGUAUAUGCGUGGUUGCCACAUGCUCUAAUUUUUCCGAACAUUGCGAGAACAUUUGGCAUACAUUCUAGCUCUUGAUUGCAAAUUCCAUAUUUUUUUAACUUGAAUUGCUACUUUCUCGAGGCAUUGAAAGUCACAGUAUACUCCAGAUCGGCAUUUCAGUGCCAGAAUUGCCAUAGAAGGAAAUGUUAAAAUCAAGCUUAUGUGCAUUUCAUAACUUCCAAAAACAAAAUGCUAUAAUUUUGUAUGUUUAGAAGAGAAAUGUAUUAUGGUCAUAUUAGGUAUAAUUAUAGUAGUCAGUGAAAACGAACAAUCUAUGUGCAAUUCUGGAUAUUUUUUAAACAGCAAUGUAGGAUAGAUCUUAAGUACGUAGCAUUAGUGUCAGACGAAUAUAUUUGGCAUUGUGUCUAUGAGAUUAUUAUUAUAUAUUAUAUUACUAUCAUUUGUAAUAUGAGGAUCCAGAAAAUAAUUUUCGAUUCGAUACUUCAAUGAAAAAAUCCACAGGCGGUAAAUUCUCACUUUGAAGGCCUUUUCAUUUCGUACAUCUCUUAUGUAGACCUCUUACCAUUACUUCAUAGUUUUUAGAUAUACGAUAAAACCUGAUUUUUCCGGAUUUAGCUACUUAGAAAAAGGAUCAAUGAUUAUACGCGGCCCUGAACAUAACUCAAACUUCAAGUUGAUUGAACUUAUGGAUUCUUUGCACUUGAACAUUUUAGUACAUAUGCAUCUUAAACCUCGAUUAACAUUUUUCUUUUUUUUUUCUAGUACUUGAAAGUCGGAAGUUCGCAAUUUGACAUUUUAGCCCAAAAUUCGGCCCUGAAAAUAACUCAAAUUUCAAAUUGAUCGCAUCUAUGGAAUUUUUGUAUUCAAAUAGUUUAGUACAUUUGCAUCUUAUAUUUCGAUCAAUAUUUUAUUCUAGUACUCGGCUAGGAAGCAGAAAGUUCGCAAUUUCUACAUUUUUGUCCAAAAUUCGGAUCUGAAAGCAACUCAUAUUUCAAGUUGAUCGAUCUAUAGAAUUUUUGCAUUUGAAGAUUUCAGCACAUAUGCAUCUUAAAUUUUGAUCAACAUUUUUCUUUUUAUUCUAGUACUCGAAAGUCGGAAGUUUGCAAUUUUGACAUUUUUGUCCAAAAUUCGGCCUUCAACAUAUGCAUCUUAAACUUUGAUAUAUUUUUGCGUGUGGUCUCAACACUUUUCUCUUAAAAUCCAUGAUAAAAUGUUGAAAGUUUGAAAUACAUGCGUUGUAAUAUAUUUAAAUACAUAUAUAUGAUCAACUUGAAAAUAUAGUUAUUUUCAGGGACAAAGAUCGCGCAUAUAGACACUAAUCGUUUCUUAUAUCUCUAGAUGUGAAUAAUUUUCAUUGGUUCUCAAGGAUAUGUACUCAAUGACAAAGGAAAUAGAUGACCCAUCCACAUUUUUAUGCUCAUGUUUAAUAUUCUAAGGGCAGAACAUUAUAAAAAAGUACUUAAGAAGAGCUAGUCUACCAAGCGAAUACACGUAUAACAUAUACUCAAUUCCUAAUUGAAACAGGAAAAACCCAAUGGUCUUAUACAUGAAAGAAAAACCUACCACAGGCGUCACAAUUUAUACCGACAGAAAUUAACAUCUCAAUAUUUAUUUUGUUUAGAUAUGUACUAUUUCCAAAUGUUCGUUCUAGAUUUUCGCUUCCUUUGACUAUAAAGGUUUCCAAAAUGCUAUUUAUCAUGCACGAUUUUUAAUAACAAACCGGACUCCAAAAUUUGCAACACUGAACGAUAUGAAAACAUAAUAAGCAAUCGAAAUACUUGUUUUGGUUCUUUCACUUAAUCCGCUGUGUAGUUUAGUUGACUCUACCAUUUUUUCUGGGCCCUGCUUUUAUGUACCAGUUUCCAGGAUGACUUUAGGAUCAUUUUUACUUCCCACGAUUACUGGCGGUGAAGUAUUGUAAUCGCGAAAAAGUUCGAAAGUGAUAUAUGUAUUUUGGAUGUAUACCACGAAAAACUGUCACUCAUUUCCGUCGGUCUGUCCGCUAAUCUUUGAACUGCCUAUCACUUGCAAUGUACCGUUUCAGAGGAUCCUGAUCAUUUUUGAAAAAUUUCUCCGGGGUAAAAAGUUGGGUCGUGGGGGGUUGUAGAGGGGUGGAGGAGGAUGUAUCGCAAUUCUUUGAUGUUAGUAUAUUAAUACACUCUCAAACCCGGUUUUUUUACGUACCAAUUAGACAUGUUUCACACAUCAUAUAUUUCGCCAUUCAUUUGCCCUAAAAACGGAUCGCCUAUGCGGUGUGUCACCGGUUCAAUAAUUUAUUCAUCCGAGCAGGCAAGCAGCGCGGAGACACAGGAGGUGGACGCGAUGUUAUUUAUAUUUAUGAGCGUUAGGCUUGGAAUGUUAUUCUAUGCUGUUAUUUGAUUCCAUGACUUAAUAUAAGUAUUUAGCAAGAGCUAACAGAAUCAGUUAUCAAACAUUGUUGACAGGCAGUUUUACACUAGAGCUGAGGCUCGCGUGUACGGAUACGCUCACUGCUGCAAUCUGAGGAAAAUGUUUGCAUGAAAAUCCCAAACAGUGCGUUUCUAGUUAUGACAAAACCUACGUCUUUCAGAUGUCGUUACACUACAUGAAGAAGCAUGCCAGACGUUUUUUCGAACCCGUGGGAAGUAUAAAGUCAAUCUACUUGACGCCAUUUUGCUCUUAGAAUAUCGAACAUGAAUGCACAUUUUAUACGUUUUAUUUCUCUUUGUCAGUGAUUAUAUUUCCGCUGUAAAAUGCGUGUAUAUAUUUUUUCUGGAAUUGUAGACAUUCCUAGUCUAAUGGUAAAACAUUAUGGCCCCUGCUCAUACUCCUUGAACUGUGAGUCACACUAAACCAAUUUUUCAAUCAUUGUCAGCACACAAAAUUAAUAAAGGUUGUGAGAUAUACACUUAUCUGAAUAUUUUGUAAAUAGUAUUAGUCACCUCAUGCUGUGAUUUGUUUAUACUAGGUGGCGUAAAAUAGAUUAGAAAAAGGUUGUUGUUAGGUGAAACUUUAGCUCAACUUUAUCAUAAAGCUCAUAUUUUAUUGGAUAUCCUGUGGAACUAGUCCCUCCUUUGAUAUAUUUUUCUGAAAUUAGUUACUACAUAUUAUAACCCAUCAUUGUCACAAAAUAUGUGGAGAUAUAAGUAUAUAAUUUUGAAUAUUCCCAAUAUAUAGCAAAUUGAUAUUAGAACCAUUGCCUGAGGAACAUCGACAGGGGAAAUUUUCCGUAGAAAUUAACAUGUUUUUGAAAAUUACUGGUGAAAACGAGCAAUACAAAAAUAAUAAUACCGAUGCAUACGUUUUUGUGGCAAUGGGAAGUUCUCUAGGCGAUAGUCGAGGAAAAAAGAGAACCUGGCAAAAAUUUGAUUAGUAGAAGGUGAUAUACCGGGAGACAGGGGUGAUCAAGUCUCAGGGUUAAGAAAACAUACUCACUCGUUGUCUAUAAAGUGUAUUCAAUUCAUUAUCCCAAGUACAAUCUUAUUUCCUGCUUACACCAUAAUUAAUGCUUAAUUUAAUACUUUAACUUCAUUUCACUCACGUCUCACAAUAUUACAAGGUCUACCAAUAAGUAAUGAUAUUGAUUUUUUAAUUUUUUUAUCCAAAUUUAAUUACAAUUUUAAAACAAGGUUCUUUUGAAGCCACACAGCACUGGAGAGGGUUCUUCCACUCCUCAUAGCAGUGCUGGAACUCCGAUACUGCAAUAGCCUUCAGCUCGUCGGUUACAGCAGUUUGAAUGUUUUCGACUGUCCCAAAAUAACUUACCUUGAGGUGAUUUUUCAACUUCGGGAAGAGAAAAAAUUAUAAGGACUCAAGUCAGUCGAAUAAGGAGGCUGAUGAGCCACAGGAAUAUUUUUUAGUGACCAAAAACUCGUUUAUUGACAUUGCUGUGUGACAAGGAGCAUUAUAGUGUUGUAACAACCAAUUGUCCUUGAUAUUUGGUCUCACACGAAUGGCCCUUUUUCGGAGUUUUUCAAGAACUACCCAGUAAAAGUGUUGAUUGGCCGUUUUUCAUUGUGGACGAUUCCGUGGAUAUCGAAAAAACAAAUCAGCAUGCUUUCAAUCUUCGACUUCGACUUUAUUGCUCAUCACCAGUAGUGACACGUUUCAGAAAAUCUGGGUCAUGUUCAAUCGAAUCCAAUAAGUCAAGGCACUCUUCCUCCCGGUGUCCUUUUGGUCUUGCUAAAGGUUUUUUGGAACCAUUUUUGCGCAGAUUUUUCUAGUCCGACUUUAUUGCUCGUCACCAGUAGUGACCAGUAGCGACACGUUUCAGAAAAUCUGGGUCAUGUUCAAUCGAAUCCAAUAAGUCAAGGCACUCUUCCUCCUGGUGUCCUUUUGGUCUUGCUAAAGGUUUUUUGGAACCAUUUUUGCGCAGAUUUUUCUAGUCCCCAAUUCACUGGUCAAAACCUGAUGAAGUGGUAAGAGUCAAACUUGAACUCUUCCCCGGUCACUCUGACUGCCAAUCGACGAUCUGAACGUACAAGUCGGCCUUCUGCUUCGUGGUUCAUCUUCAGUCGGCUCUCUACCUUCUGAAAAUGCUUGGCUCUUCACAAAACACUAAACUUGUUCCUGGCUCCUUAUCUCGGCUCGUACAACUUUUCCAACUUUGUUUUCAUUCGUCGGUAGACAUAUAUUAAUAGCGCAAUGGCUAAUAGAAUGGCAAUUAUUAUUGUUUUUGAUUCAUGAGUAGUUUUAUCCUAUGAAUAAAAAAUGGGAUUUCUAGUAUCCAACAAUUUUUACGGUCUGAAUGAUUCCCAGGCAAAAUGGUCCAAAUAUUUCUUCAUAUAAAGGGUGUUCCAGAAUAAGAUAUUAAUCUCUGGUAUACAUAACAGAAAAAAUAAUGCCACAAUUUUCUGGAAAAAAUGACCACUGGGGCUGCCAGACAGGGAUAUAGGCCCCUGAAGGACGCUAUAUAAAUCGGUUUCCUCAAAUACGAUACUGUACAAUUCAAAGAAAUUUUGACAGCUUCGUAACUAGUGGGGGAUUCACAUGAUGGCGUUCUAAAAUCACAUUCAAAUUUAUUUGACCCAGUUUGCGGUAAUUUUAAUAUUUAAUAUUCACAACCAUAAUAUACAUAUUUGCCACCUGUAGUAACCAAGUGAUAAAAUUUAGUUGACGAUAGGGUCGUGUUAUUGUUUGGGAGAUCUCAGAGUAUGAUUAAAUGCUCAUAAAAUUUGGGGAAAGCCUACUGGCACGCCUUUGACGUCUGUCGUCUCCCUCUAAAUGGGCAUAGAACAGGGAGAGGCGUCUGAGGCCAUUUUUUGCGGUUUUUCAAGAUUUUUUCGCUUAUAAUUAAAAAUGUCAAAAUGUCCUUUUGCAGUGUGAUAGGAAACCCAUAAUCACAUGUUUUCACCCAGUCAAUUGCAACAUAAAAAAAACAGUGUCGCAAUUAGUCGAACCAACUUUUACAAAAAAUAACUUUUUUAAAAAAUGUAUCGACCUAAAUGUUGUGGAAUUGAUCCCGAAUACAAAAUAUAGUCAUGUAGCGCUGAUUCAUUUUGAAAAGUAAGAUUGGCAAAAUCUAAGACAAAAAUUUUGAAAUAUACUCGGAACUAUGACCGAAAGCUGUAGUACCGCAUCAUUCUUGUACAUGCAAGCCCAUCACAUCAUCAGAAAAUAGAUAUUGCUUAGGCUAUAAUGACUUUAUAAAACGUGGUGUACCAUCACUGUAUCAACGGCUGAAUGAUAACAUUUUUAAUGCUGAACAAAUGUACCCUUGUUUGAAAUCGAUAAAAUGGAUCGUUUCUGAGAAAAAAAACAUUCUAGUUCCAAUACAGUUCCAUUUAGUUUUUCAUUGGAAUUAGUAUAACUCCUGAAACUCAUCUUGUGGUAUUCAUGUUCAUAUAGGACACCAUAAAAUAGAGUCCUAUGGAAUGAGUUUAUUGGUUACGCCAGAUUUAAGUCAUACUUUUGCGUAAUAGCAGUGGAUAGGAUAGGAUAGGAACAGUAUUGAAGCAAAACUGAGGGAUUAUCGUUAUGUAAACCACAUGAUAAGCUUCAGAUCUUACAUUAAAACCUUGUUGUCAAAAUUGGCUCAUUUUAUCGUAAUCAAACAAGAAUAAGUUUUUCAGCUAAAACAUUAGGAUUUUCAAAAAUGUUAUCCUAGCGAUCUACGAGCGCGGUCCGAUAAUUACCUAGCCUACAAAAGAAAAACGAAAAUUUGGGAGAAGUGGCGAUUUAUUUCUUAACAUAGUCUCCUUUUAGCUCGAUGCACUUGACCCAGUUAUGCUCCAACUUCUUCAAUCCGUCUGUAAAAUACGUUUUCUGGAGGUCUACAAAGUAGGCCUCCGUGGCGACGAUAAUCUUCUCAUUCGACUCAAAUCUCUGCCCGGCGGUGGAUGAGGCAGCAGUUCGUAGCCUGAUUCGACCAAUUUGGCCGUGACAACGGCGGAGGUGUGAGCCGCUGCGUUGUCAUGGUGGAAGAGCACUUUUUUCUUCUCCAAAUGGGACAGGUUUUUCUGCGAUCCAGUAUCGAAUUAUUGCAAUAAUUCCGCAUAGAAGAGCCCUAAGACCGUUUUGCCAUUCUCCCGGUGGUCGAUGUAGAUCACACUUUGUGACUCCCAGAAAACGGUGGCCAUACCUUUUCGGCCGAUAGGACAGUCUUCGCCUUCUUGGGAGCACGUUCUUCGAGUGAAGUACAGUGUUUCGAGUGUUCCUUGGUCUGUGAUGUGUACCAGUGGAUCCAUGUUUCGUCGAUGGUCACGAAACGACGCAGUAUCUUAUCGGAUUGCGCUUAAACACCUUCAAACACUGCUGUGAAUGGGUUUCAUGGUUGCGCUUGUUGUCCGGAGUGAGCAAACGCGGCACCUAUCGCACAUUCAGCUUUCUCAUGGCCAAUAUUUCAUGCAGGAUAUGACCCACGCGGUCUUUUGAGAUGUCUACUGUCUCGGCUAUCUCGCGCACCUUCAAUCGGCGGUCUGCCAAUACGAGAAAGUGGAUUUGGAGGCACCUGGUCGUGGCUCGUCAAAAACCCACGUACGAUCACGUUGAAACUCGUUAGAUCUAUUUUUGACGGUCGCCAUCGAAGGAGAAGAGUUUACCGUACAUAGCAAUCCAAUUGCAAAAGCAAGAAUCGAAUUACCGACCGGUAUUGCUCUUUUUCCAUAUUUCUAAAAUCUGCGGACACGCCCGCUUCCACAUGCUGUCAAAACAAAACCACGACUCCGAUUCGACAUGACACGACAAUAAAUUUCUCUUGCGAUAGUGGCGCUAUCGGGCGGUUAGGCUAAGUACUUAUCGGACCACCCUGGUAAAUGAGUUUAUUGUUUUCCAUGUACACCACACAACAACGAUCACAAAAUUUUGAAUUAUGUUGUCGUUUGUUAAAAAAAAAACGCUUUUCAGUAGCGUCCUUUAGGGGUCUGUAUCUCCGUAGCGGAGCGCUGUUGGACAAUUUUUAUCAGAACUUAUAAUAGCAUAAUUUUUUUGUGUUCUGUAUGUAUAUAGAGAUUAAUAUGUUAUUAUGAGUACAUUUUAAGCAUGAACGAGUUUUACUUUACCUGUCUGUGAAAAAUGUAUCUGAUACUGAAUCAAAUUCGUCCAUAUUCAGCUCAAAAUAAUGGUUGUAGCUUGUAUUCUAAUAUAUGCUGAGUAAAUUGUCUCUUCUCUAUUCUAGAUCACUGCGAUUAUAAUAUACAGAGUUUUUCUACUUGCUUUAAUUCUCUUAUAGUUCUGAUCUGCUACUCUGUUUUUAUGUAUAUUUUUUGUUGUGUUAUAAGCAAAAUUGAAAUAUAAGAGCUGAACAUAUCAAAUAUGCAGUGCUUAUCUUUAAUAGUGAGAAAUAUGCAAUCAUUUUUACUCUAGUGAUUCACGUUAGUUAGUGAUACCAACAUACGUACGAGACGGCCAUUUUAUUCAGCAUAUCUUUCUAAAGACUAUACUAUAUGCCCUUACAGCACAACCGUCAUAUUUUUAAAAUGUGUAGCUCAAAACGAUACAUUGAAAUAAUCAUUUUCUGGAUUCUCACAAUACAUGCACUAUAUUUUGAGAAAUAUUGCAAGUGACAGCAAGUUUUUCUGUAUUUGCAAUCUACUAGCAGGCAUACUCCUAAACAUAAUAUACUAAACAAUACAUUCUCAAGGUCAUUGAAACUCAACAGUUACUGCAUAGUGUAAUAUGUUGAAUGCAUAGUCGCUGAAGCCUAUUUAAAAAAUGUCGAAACCAGCCAAUUUAAAAAAAAUCCUUAUUUUAUUGCACAUUCAGAGAGGUCGCUUAUAUAUAAGAUUGGCAUUAUAUUUUGAUUAACUUAUAGAAUCCAUAGACAAAAAUAAAAUAAAGUACUGAUAUUUUGGAGGAACUUUCUAAAAGCACUGUAAAUGAGAACCAAAAUGGCUCGACCUCUGCAUUUCUUGAAGCAAAUAGUAAAAUAAGGAAACCUUGAAGUUGACGACUCUGCAAAGAAUCAAGAAUACAUGAUAUUGAAUAAGCCGACCUUCUUUCUUGAAUAAAAUAUUUGAUAACUCUCCUGUCAAGGUCGUCAAGGCAAAUUAGGCGCACAAUAAAGGGCCAUCAAGUAAAGAACGACUGUGCAUUCAGCCCUAAGUGUUCUCAAAGUUCAUAUUUUUAUUUUAAUAUUGGCUGUAAGCUUGCAAAAUAUGUCAAACUAUGGACAGACAUUCUAUAUCUUAUAUCGGACAACAUUCCUCACAAAAAAAACUGUGCGUGUAUGCAUCAGUAACAUCACAUAUUGAUCCAAAACGACUGCAUUAUAUUAUAUUUAUUUGUUGGGGAUGUGAAUGUACAACAUACCAAAGACUGUUGGUUGGCUUAAAAUAGUAAAACAUUACAUCUCAUAAACCCCAGAACAAAAACUACAAUACUCUGGGUGAUGCAAUAUUAUACCUACUUACUUUCGAAGAAUUCAUAGAAUUAAAUAGCUAAAAGGACCUUCAAAGGUUCAAUAAGCAUAGACUUCUACAAAGCUUUGAAAUAUUCGCUAAAAGCUUACAUCUAGACAUCACGUACAGUCGGCUAAAAGCAAAAGUAAGGUUAAAAAUUGCCUCAAAAAACUACGUUUAAAAUACUCAUUAGGGACGGGAGGGAGAGGUUUGAAAAUGGUAAUUUUCCGAUGUUUCAAAUAUUAAAUCAUUGGGACAAUUGAUUUGAGAGAAAUAACCUUUUUAGCGAUGAUUUAUUGCUUUGCGAAUCUUCACUAUCUACAUUAUUUCAAGUGAUCGUAAGCUUCCUCAAUCAAAAUAAUGUAACUGAUCGAACCCUAAAAAUCAUACCUUGCCUUGAAUGAACACAAUUGUAUCAAAUCGUUAAUAUGAAUGUUGUAAUUUUGCAUCACCUUUUCUGAGCCUUUGAACAGAUAUAUCUGACAUUAUUUCACUCCAAAACUCUGGAAAUUGUUUUCAUUAUUUGGGAUAAAGGCUUAAGUAUGGAUUACUGUCUAAAAUAUUUUAACGGCAUUUAGGAUAAUACCCACAGUGUUAUAAGGUAUGUUAAUAUUUAUAUAUCAUUUCUUGUCGCCUUAAUAUACAGGUAGUUUGGAGAAGGGAAAAAUUAUGCACUUGUAUGUAUAUCAGUCGGUAUAUAAGACUGUCACUAUCUGCAUCAUACUAGGACUGCUGAAUACAAAAUACUUGCAAAUAGUAAACGCAAUGAGGGAUGUGAAAAGAGAAGCUCUGGUAUCCAAAGAGUUCUAAUUCUACGCAAACCUCCUUUCUAUUUCGAAAAAAAAGUGAUCACAGAAAAAAGAGUGCUUUGGUAAAGAGUAACUAUCUCGUUGAGGUCGAUUUCUCAAUUGUAAGAGUUUUAUUUCUUUGAGACAAUGAAAUUACCUCAUUUCAAGUACCUGUGAUCUCAAAUCAUUGUCAUAAUUUCAUAGGAAUUCAUGCUAUUUAGUCCCCUUUUUUGUGUGAUUUGUCAUAUCAAUUUCUAGCUUCACUUUUAUUAGGUGUAUUUCAUGGGAGUAUGGAAAAAAUUUAGUACAAACGACUAGCAUAUCGCGUGAGAUUAAAUCCAAAUGUUUCCAUUGAUCAUUAAGAUAUGCUAAUACGUUUAUAAUAACAACCUGUAUAUUAAGUUGACAAGUUUCUAUUAUACCACAAAGCGCUGACCCAAAAAUUAAAGCAGCAAUCAAGCUACUGUUAGCUAAAUUUGUAUAUCACCCAGUGCAAUACGAAACUCAAAAUGUAUAAAUUACAACAAUGGCUCAUCACUGUAUGUUUUGUUUGAGAAACUUUGAAAAUUGUUAGUUCAACACGCAUUAAAAGAGACGAAAACUACACAUUCGUGGAAUAAUCUUUCCUACUCGAUUUUUUUUUCUAAUAACGUUUGUUGGAAAACAAGAGGUUGCGGGUAGGUAACCGAGUUAAAAGUGUCAACAAUUUUUUAAAACGAACUACAGAUAAUUGUUUUUCUCGUUUCGAAUUACAUGUUUUAGAUCAUUCUGAACAUACACGGUCCUUAAAUAGAGUUGAACCUUUUCGAGUUACAAACGUUUCAUAGUCUGAAAAUUUGUUCGCAAAAAUUGUGUAAACUUUGCAUCGGGUUACCUCUUGAUUCGUUUCAAGAGCCAUCCAACAUAUGUGGUUAUGAAAAAAGAUCGAAUAGGAAAGUUUCUCCCACGAAUGUGAGGUUUUCGCCUUGUCUAUACGAAAUUUCGUAUUGCAUAACACGAGGAAUGAAUCUCAUAUUGUCAGCAAACAGAUUUUUGUUGUUUAAUGUACAUUGGCAGUUUUUGUAAUGAAAUAUUUAGAACUAGGUUGCGACACGCUAAUAUGCCUUAAAAACUACAGUUACCCUGAACAAUGGAAACUACAACUAUUUUGAAUGGUAUUUUGCUUUAGACCUAGUUCUUGCUGCCGGAAUACAUGAUAUUCCAGAAUGUCUGGUUAGUCCUUUAUUGCCAUAGGUAUUUUUUGUGGAUAGAAGUUGAUAGCAUUCACGCUGCAUAUAACCUUUUCUGUUUCUGCGAUAAAAUUUUGUAUAAUCAUGCUUCAAAAUACUUUGAAAUUCCAGUGCCUGUCUCCUGAAAUAUUUCAUAAAACACUAUACCAAGUAACAACCACCCAUGAACACGUAAAUUGAUAUCCAUAUCGCUACACUUAGAAAUAUUGCUCUCUUAUAAAGGUGUCCUGAAAGUUGGGACUUUCCUUUUUAGAGUAAACUACGUUUUCAUACCAAAGCUGAUUUGCGGUAAAGAACACCGAAAACGUAAAAAAAAUUGAAAAAUAUUCACUAUUAAUUUGGCAAGGAAUGUCAAGUACCACCCUGUCAGACACACACUCACACACACAAACACUGCUCGAAGUUGUCGCUGUUCGAUUCAAAAACACUAAUUUGUUCACCCCUUCCUAAUCUCCCUUUGGAUUAUGUACAUCGCACUCAGGUCACAAGACUGUUUUUGGUUUUUUACUGAAAACGCUUCAUUAAAGAUAUAAUUGUAUUCUGAGUAUACAUGUCCUUAGUGAAUACAUUACAUACUUCCCCUUCAAAUAAUACUGCGUGAUCGACGUGCAUUGCGUAAACAAACAAGUCCGGGACAUUCAAGUGUUUUCGACAAACGUGCAAGUGAGAUAAUCUUUCUCAUUGGUCGACGAAUAGCAAUACAAACUAACAGGUCUAAUUUGUAUACGUCUCCUACAAAAAAAAGCUAAUGGCAUGACUCAUUUCCUCGAACAUUCCUUUUUGCAGACGUUGACAGAAUAUAUAUCAGCCUCUCAGAGAGAGGUCUGUGAUUGAUCCAACAGAUAGCUAAUACGAUUACCGUUAUCAGCACCCGGCCAAUGGUAUUGAGCAAAGCAAAAACGUUGCAUUCAUGUAAGAAAUUUUUCGUUUUGAUUGUUGUUUCAUGAUGACAUUUGUUGGCAGGGCGUACCCAGCACAAAACGGAAGAAGGGCACCUUGAAAAAAAUUUUGGUGGACGUUCCACACAUCAGAUCUACUUAACUAUGCUUGAUAUUUUUCUUUCUAUUUGCAUUUCAUGGUUUUAUCCAUUUAAAUAGUCUUUCACAACAAUUUGAUAAAUCCUAUGGAUAUGGAAAACUACCAGGAUUACUUUUUUGAAACAUUCAAGCAAAUAUUGCACGAGAUGCUUUGUUAAGUAAUAAUUCAAUUGUUUGCAAUACUUGAAAGCAACACUUGAUACAAUAUAUGACAAAUUUUUGCUAUACUGCAAAUUUUAUAUACCUUUUGUCUGAGCUUACAUAUCCUUUGAAAUUCAAAGAGGGUGCUCAUUUUUUCAGACAAGCCAAUAGGCCAGGAAGUACCGUAAUCGCGAAAAACUGGGAGAAUACUUUUCAGAUAUAACAUAGCAGGUACAUUUUUGUGGCGUUGGUCAGGUAAUUCUCUAUUACAGACAGAAAAAUAUUUAUAGUUUUUGUUCAUCGUACCUGAUACGAUAUAUUAACCGUCAAAAAAAUAAUCAUCGAUUCUUCCAUAACUUGGAAAAUAUCAAUGGAUUUUGAUGAAAUUUUGAAAGGCCUGUCUAAUUUUAACGCAAUAAAAAAAAUUUUUAGAGGACACAAAAUUCAGAAAGAAAAACUUUGUCGAUAUAUGUUAAGACGUACUCAAAAGUUUGUUUGAAGGAUUGAAAGAUUUUGAAAUCAAGCAGAACUCGUUUUUCAAAUUCAAAUGUCAAUCGGAAAGUUCUUCAGAUAUUGUACGGAAACUUCUUGCCACAUCAGUGAUGGAACCAGUUCCUCAUUUUCAUCUGAGCAGUCAGGUUGAAAUUGAUGAAUAACCGCUUGUAUGGUGUCCAAAAUUGAAUCAUUUUGAUUUACUUUCUGAGAAGACGGUCAGUUUUGGUAAGAAACUGCCUAUUAGAACCUUUUCUGCCAACAUCAGAAGAUGCUAUUGGAUGAUACAUUGUUUUUUCUUUUUCACUAAUGGCUCGUUACUGCCUUUCGAGCUAUACGAAGAAGAUUAAUGCCAACUAUCAGGUUCAUAUUCUUCUGAUGAGGCCUCAAAGGAAUCGGCCUCUUCAUUGGAAAGCAUCUCAUCUAUUAGCUUUUGCAGACGUUGCUGCUCUUUCUCAUAGCUACCCAUUAUCUUAAGAAAAAGCAUAAAAUUAAUUCUUGUGAUGAAAUGUUACCAGAAAAUCUUACCUUGGUUGAUAAAAAUCGCAAAUACUCAAAUAUUAUACCACCCAAAUGAUCAACUCCUUACUGUAUCGCUAACCGUUGACAUAAUGAAGAAUAAACACGUGGUUAUGUUUUGCAUCACGCAUGAUUCAUGCGGCUUUCUAUGCAAAUUUGAUGGACCAGGCCCCGUGAGACACACUUGAUUCACGUUCAAAAAUACAAUUUUUGACCGGUAUUGGCGAGUAAUAAAUAUCUUGUCAACAGUUCUAUGAAUUUGGAAGUAUAAUAAACAAUUUUUAGCUUGUGGCCCAGAGGGCUCAAAUUUUUUUGUAUUGUGGCAGUUAACGUGUUGAAAAUCAUUAUUUUUGUGGGUGGCAAACAUUCCCUUCAAGACCCAGAAUAUUAUUUUAGGCUUGCUAACUUACUUACUUACAGUCUGUGCUAUGCAUCGUAAAGGCUAUCUACUGUAUCAAAAAAACACGAUGAUUUAAUAUGUCGUUAGCUCUUGAGGAAUUUGUGGUACUCAAAUUAAUUUAAAUAUCAAAAUCUGUUGGAUUUAUGACAAUAGCUGACCAAAACUUUCUGAAACACCCUGUAUAGAUUUUUUGUUUUUGCUCGCCGUGAGAAAUUGAAUAUAUCACCACGUCACUGACAUUCUGUGGCGUUAAGCUCUUUUCUCAAAUUAGAUUUUGUAAUCAGGCUGACAAGUUUGAAGGAAUUUUGGUUGUAUCAUAGAUUUGUUCGAUAACGAAAAACUAUCUUUCAGCAAGAAUUCCAUCUUUUUUAAGCAAUUUUUUUUAUAAAAUUGCGAGAAUUGAAUGUGGAUCCCUGUCUAAGUUGGGUCUGUACAAUGUAGAGAUAGUCUUGAAAAUAAAUGACUCAAGUUACUUUGUUGAUAGGAAUAAACUUGGUAUCCAGAUGUAAAUGUGUUUGAAAUUAGUUUUUCUAAAAUCAACAAAUCUGUUCAUAUUGCAGGCGUUAGACGCGGAUUUCAAUUUCUUGGAUCUAAGGCUUACUGAAUUGAAUGUAUUUAUAUGUGUGUAGUAUAUUCCAAAAGUUGACCAAAACUAAACCUGUUUAGAGAUAAAGCACUAGCCUGGAAAGAAUAUGUAAUUUCAUUUUACAAAGGUGUGAUAUUUAUUUGAUUUUCUACCUAAGGGUUAUUAAACUUUUUUAAGGACAUGGUGUAACAGUAAGACUUCAUAUUACGAUACGUUCAAUGUGCCAGCAUCUACUAAGGUCAGAAGUUUUAGGUUUAGAGUCCCAAGAAAUACACGUUUUCAUUCUAUAAAUUAGAAUUUCGCUGUGGUCGCCAGCAAGCCAGAUGGCUGGAGAGAUCGUAUUUGCAAAAAUACUUCAACAGUUGCGAUUAGGUUUUAGAUAAUAUUUAGGUACACUCCAAUUCUAAAGAACAAACUUUAUUCAUUAACAAAAACGGUAACGUUAUUGAGUAGCUCCGUGGUAACGUAAUACUAGUGAUACUUUUUAGUUUAUAUGUUAUGCAAAAUUACACCAAAAAUCUUAUAUUUGAAUGCCAAUAGACAAGCUAUGUUUUAUUUCUCCGUUAUCAAAUUUUGAUAUAAAGUGAAUUUGAGUUUAUUGGGAUAGAUAUAGCUUCUAGGCAAGUUUUGCAAUUUAUGAAAUCGCAAUCUGACAUUUGAUACAGAACUUUAAAUUCAUAAAGGCGAUUAGGGAUUUAAAAUGUGUGUACUAUGGAGUCUUAGUUUUAAAAAGAAGUCUCGAAUACCUGUUCUAGGAAAAACUGAUGAAAUGUCUAUCCACAGAAUAUGCAUUUGCUAGAUUUACAUGUAUAAAAUAUUGAUGUUUUACGUAAACUGUGAAACCUUUAUCAAACUGACUUUCUUAGAAAAUAUUAACAAAUGAUAAAAUAUGAUGAAAACAUUAAUAAAUGAUAAAAUAUGAAUUUUCUGCGUAGAUAUCAACAGUAGUUUUUGUUGUUUAAAACUGUUAUCAGUUAUAUAUACGAUUAUUCUCAUCCACUGACAUACCUCUAUUUUCUUGUGUGAAUGAUAAAACAUGAUGCUGACUUCCGCCUAUUGUUUUUUCAACAGUUUUUCCAUAGACUAUAAUACUCCUGAUUACUUUUAUUGCCUGUCUGAUGGUUGGUUGAUCCUGUCCAUAUUUCGCAUAAAAUUUUACCAUGCGAUUUUCUUUUUGUGGAAAGUUGUGUAAAACUGAAUUGAAUACAAGUCGGUCUACAUGAUUAUUUUCCAUUUCACUUACCUGAACGGAGCAAUCUAAUCUUGAUGGCGCUUAUUUAUAUUCUAUAUCCCACCCCUGUUAUAUUAGCUGCUCAUUUUUGUGUAAAUAAUACAAAAUAUAAGUAUAAUAUUCAC